AUGCGAGACGACGCUACAGCUAUGUGCCGCGACGCGCACCCGGCCGCCCGCAUUCCCGAGCGCAGUCGCUUCGUGUGGGAUCGCAAGCACUCGCCCAGCAUCGUCUUCUGUCCCAAUUACAAGGUAGCCUCAACAACUUGGCUGUCGAACUUUCUCAAGUUGGCGCACUAUAACGAAGACAAUCCGGCCAUUCCCGAUAACUUACCAAAAGCAAAACGAGAGAAAAUGCAGCUCAUGGCGAAGUACGGAGCCAAACAUGACGUUGUGUUUAAGCUUUAUCCGAGUCCCUCCUCAGACCUUGAGAAGCUGAAGGUGAUGAAUGAAAGUGUAAGGGUCACCGUCGUCAGGCAUCCCUUCGCCAGACUCCUCUCCGGUUACCGCGACAAGAUGACGAAGAUGCGACCGAGUCCCGUUAAAUUCGGCUUCAGGAAAAUCCAGCAGGAGAUCAUCGCCAAAUACCGAAGUCACGUGACCAACAACACUUCCCCCUUCCCGACUUUCGAAGAGUUUGCUCGCUAUGUGAUCGAUUCCACUGGGAAUCUGACCACGAAAAAAUGCAAAACAACCAUAAUCAAUCAUUCUCCCCCCCCCCCGCCCCACCAGAUCAACUGCUGGGUACCAUACUGGGCCCAGUGUAGCGUUUGUGCCACUGACUACACCCUCAUCAUGAAACUGGAAACAAUGGCCGAAGAUGAACAGUUUCUCGUCGUUCUUUCCAACCUCAAGGAACUCAAGGGUAAAAAGGGCAAGAACUGGAAGCACCUGAACGGCCAGAGCUCCCACGACGCCGCCCCUCAGUACUACAGGGAACUGACGAAGGCGCAGAUGAAGACCCUGCACGAGCGAUACAAGAUGGACUUCGAUCUCUUCGGUUACGACAUCGAUGACUUUCUGGCCAUUGCUAAUUGGGGCAAAGGCCAAACACCACCUUUUCUCUUGGACACACAGAAUAUCAACUUUUCAAUUUUUCAUGGGGUCAUGUACUACCCAGCCUCUGCCAGUCAUAGUUCCAACAUUCAGUGUUCUAAACCUCGUGUCUUGAGCCUUUUUGGCCGUACCUGCUCUUCAUACGGCAGUCCUCGCUAG